AAUGACCGUAAAGCUCUAACAGAAGAAAUAGAAAAAGCCAUCGAGCGGUCACAUGCAGAGGAUCGAGUACGAAAACCAAGAUCAGAAUCGGACUCUGAAGAAGCGGAUGCUGAGAAGGAUCCUUCUGGCAGUAACGAUGUUGCUAAAAAGCCUGAUCCUCCCCUUGUUCAUCGAACCUCGAAUAAGCCUUUCAUAAAAAUUUCUUCAAUCUGCGCCAGUCUAAACUAUCCUGCCGAGGGAGGUCUGAGAGCCGAUGAUAUGAUUAUCCAAUAUGGAGAUUUGCAUGCUGGAAAUUUCAAGGAAAUGAAGGAAGUCUCCACCACAACAGCAAAACUUGAAGGGCAGAAGUUGAGAGUGACAGUUCUGCGAAAUGGGAGACCUGUCCGUCUCGAGAUCUUUCCCAAGCGCUGGUCAGGAAAUGGUAUUCUGGGUUGUGUAUCCAUGGACAAAGUGGUGUUGUCACAAGAGCCAUGGUUACGUAAAUACGACCAUCUUAUUGGUGGUUUUGCAGGAGGCGUGGUGAGCACAGCAGUAUGCCAUCCUAUGGAUCUUCUGAAGAUUCGCUAUUCAGCUGAUGAAGGUAGCAGCAUCCGGCCACGCUAUCGAAGCUAUCUUCAUGCCACAAAAUGUAUCAUUCGAGCUGAAGGCUUCCGAGGAAUUUAUCAAGGCCUCACACCCAAUAUGGUCGGUGCAGCUUUGUCGUGGGGUCUCUAUAUGGAAUGGUAUCACAAAAUCAAGGCUGUGCUGCCGUUUCGAUCUCCUAAUGAAAAUCUCGAUAAUUUUCUCAUUGGCUUCGUCGCAGGAGCGGCCGUGAUGUGCUGCACGAAUCCGAUUUGGGUCACAAAAACGAGGCUAUGCUUGCAGUACGAGACAGGUGCACCGAAGAAAUACUCAGGAAUGGUGGAUUGCCUGAAGAAAAUUUAUGUUGAGGAAGGAUUUCGAGGACUCUAUAGGGGUUUCGUACCAGGAUUGUUCGGCACAGUUCACGGUGCGCUUCAGUUCAUGAUCUACAAUCGUAUGAAGGCAUGGCGAUGUGAAAGCGACGGGUUGGCUAAGGAUGCUCCAUUGGGUCAAACAGACUAUCUGAUGUUUUCCGCUGUUUCGAAAGUCAUCGCCACUACGGCCACGUUUCCAUAUCAAGUUCUCAGAACUCGGAUGCAGGACCACAAUGUGGAAUCAAGGGGAGUAUGGCGGACAACUGUGGACACUGUAACGAGAGAAGGGGUACGAGGUCUGUAUAAAGGCUGUCUAAUGGCCAAUUUACGGCAAUUACCAGCAGCCGUUGUGACUUUUGUCACAUACGAGAAUGUUAGGCGAUUUAUCAGGAAUUCAAAUAUCUAG